AUGCUACUCGGCUUUCAAAAUUUACCCCCGGAGGUUCAUCAAAUAAUUCUACAGGCUCUGUGCAAAGAACAUGAGCCCAGUGUCCGGGCCUUUGCUGGCGCCAGUCGAAUAUGUCAUGCCCUGGCUUUGCCCUAUCUCUAUCAGACUCUCAAUAUCCCCGCGCCUGAAAGCCAGGAACUCGGGGACCGUGUUGAAUAUAUUGCUCAGAUCCUUCAACGAAAUUCAAGCUUUCGAUACGUGAAACAACUCGUGGUUGGCGGAGAGCCGACAUCGAGAGAAGCAGCAAGUUACGGUGAAGAGGUGGAAGAACCCACCGAUCCGGAUCGAACUGCAGUCUUUGGAAACAACCUGCAUGGAUCCCUGGAUCGCUUUAACAGCCGCAAGAGUCUCUAUCGGUGGGCGGCGACGCAACAUCCACCGGAGGCAGAUUCCCCACACAUUGACGCCUGGCAGCCCCUGACCGAUUUGAUCCAACGACUGCCCAGGCUACUGGAUCUGAUUUUUCUAUGCCGUCAUCAAUUUCCCUCUUGUCUGCUGGAGGCACUUCACCGCCAUCAUCCACAAUGCAAGCUUCACAUCCACAACUUCUUUCUACGGAGUUUGAAGAGCCCUGUACUGCAUCCAUACGAGUUCCAAUUAGCCACUUCUCCAUGCCUUUUCAGCCUAAAGGGGGAGUACGAAGAUUCCUUUUGGGAAGGCUAUCCAGAGCCACGCAGGCUACCACUACGAGAACCUCUACCAGAUGGUGCCUACCUCAAUGAAGCUAUCAUGCACAUGGUGUCUGGAUUUGCUCCCAAUCUGAAAGAGGUCACUCUCUUUCGCCCGCCCGGUAGCGGUACGCCUGCAAAAUCCCCUCUGCCACCUUGGCGAGGAUUUAGUCAGAAGGAAACGAACCCAGCAAAAGACUCAAAGCGUGGCGCCUUAAGAUACCUUCAACUCGAUAAUACACUUCUCAUCAAGAAAGACGAUAUCAAGCAUUGGGCGGCUUGUACCGACUUCUCAGCUCUAGAAGUGUUCAAGCUUAAAUCAACAGUUACAACCGAUCUUCUACACUAUCUGGCCACCGAAGUCGAUUUCGCGCGUUUGAAAACACUGGUCCUAACUCCCAAUGAGAUUGAGAAUAAUGCGUACCAGCAAAUCAAGAUCUUCCUCCAGAGACUGCGGCCAUUGUCUUCUUUGGAGUUAAAGGGUUGGAUGGUCAGCUCUGUAUUGGAUGGCAUCAUGAAUGCCCACGGAGCCAGCUUAAUUGAAUUAAAGCUGGCAGAAAGUCAGGGCUAUGAAUCGGUCGGGUCCAUCAAGAAGAAUCACCUAUCGGCAAUUGCGCAAAACUGCCCUUCGCUCCAAUACCUAGAUCUGACUUUGGACCGCACAGGAGGAGAUUCCGAGGAAGUCGCUCUGUACAGGAUACUAGGGGCCUUGCCACAGCUAAAAUGUGUCUCCUUGACAUUGCACGUUUCGAAGACCUGGGACUGCAUAGACGGUCCCGGGGAAACGGACGAUCUGGUCGACACGCGCUUUGACGAUGAGUUCGAUCAACAAGUGCAAUGGGCCGUUCGCCGAGCCGCCGGUGGUUCUGAAGCGUGCAAUGGCGCAAUUCGGGAGCGGCUUGUUAACUGCGCGCUUGACUCAGCCCUUGGGCGCGCCAUCUUCGGUGCGAUCUCAGCGGGCAAGCCUGAAGGCUCUGCCUCAUUGGAGAAACUGUGUAUAAAGACGACCUCUGUGGGAGAGUUUGGGGACGUCGGAUGUCCGACAGAAUUGGGCCCGAUCCUGGAACGCCUGAGCCAGCCUCUGCGGGUUACAAGGUGUGUUCGCAAUGGUUGUCGGAAUGAGUUGGUAGUGGAAAAAGAGCCCAGUGAUGAAUUGCCAUCUGAGUUCCCUAGGUGGCUUGAAAUCAUCUGGCGUCGCGUUUGGCCUGAGAAGAUGGCAAAUAAAUGGUGGAAUGACUGGCAUAGUUUGCCUCUUACAUAG